ACAACAUAGGUCCAUCGGGGAUUUUGCUUCUGAUUUUUUACCAAGUAUUCCUUUUUGGCCUUUAUAUUCGUUUCAUUGGGGAAGACUUUCAUUUUGGUUUCCCUCGCGCUCAUUCGAUUAAUCGGAAGUCGACCAACCAAGUGUGUCAAGCAAGUGUGUAAAAGGAUGGAUACUCAAAUACAACCGCUGCAAGAAUAUUUAACCAAUAUGGUAGUGCCCGAUAAAAGGGUCAACAUUGAUAUAAAUCCAGAACACAUUACUAUGCUGCAUGGAGGCAAAAGUAAAAAGCAGCUAAGUCGAAAGAAGAAGCCAUCAAAAUCAUCUACCUUGACUAGGCGUGAAUAUACAAAGUUAGGCCUACACACAUUACCCACACGCCAAAUGAAAUAUGAGGAUGUGCUGCCAUUGCAUAGACUAUGGAAGGGCUAUAUGAAGGAACAUUUGGGUUUGAACGAGGGUGAUGAGGUGCCACAGGUUUAUCAACCAGGCUAUGAUGCCUUUAGUAAACUACUUGUUAAGACUGAUUUACAUGGCUCAAAAAUGUCAGUUAUAAAAUCCAGGUGUUUAACACUUGUUGGAAUAUCUGGCAUUGUUGUUAUGGAUACCAAGAAUGUUCUCAAAAUAUUGGGUAAAGAUGAUCAUUUAAGAACUGUGCCAAAAAGUGAAUGUGUCUUUAGUAUGAAAUUUGGCAGUAUGGAAUUUAUAAUAUUUGGAAAGCAUUUAUGUAUAAGACCAGCCGAACGUUCGGUUAAGAAAAUAAAAAAUUACAUUGAACCAUUUGAUUGUUAACAACAUAA